AUGGCUACACCCGAGGAAUUGCGCAAACCCGGGCCAGACCCUCGACUUUUCUACCAAUGGGCAACGUAUUCACGCGAAAACAUUGUUACCGCUUUGACGGCCUUCUAUAAGAACCUGCCGCAUAUAGAUGCCCUCCUCGUGCAUGAUGCUCCUCCAGGCGGGUGGCCCGAUAUCACAGCAGAUUCAUUGGCACGAGUGGGAAUCUACAAGACAGAAGAAGUCCUAGAGCUUCUGCGGCAUCUACCUUACAUCGAAGGCAGUCACCCCUGGAUAACGCCGGAGACCUUUCCGAUUGACUACCGGGCUCAGCGUGUCAAUAUAUUCGAUCUAUUCGAUCGGACUGCACGGCUCGAAUGCAUCGAAUUCAGAUAG